AAAGUAAUCGAAGUACCUAUUUUUAUAUAUUAUCAUUCCAAAUGGAACACUCCAAACUUUUGUGAAUUGGGGAUUUUCAAUUGUAAUUCAUCUAUCAACAAUUGAAUUUAUUUUUUCUUCCCUUUUCUCCAUCUUGAAUCAUAGUUUCGUGAAUUUGCAGCUCAAGGAUUUUUGCUUUCCAAGAAUUUUUCUCUCAGAGCCCUCGAACAAUGGAUGCCGGCGCGAUUCUCCCCAGACGGCGCCUCAUAGGCGCAACGUGGAGGGAAGCCUUAGCCAGGAAGCAGAGCCGCCUCCUAGCUGAAUUUCUCUGGAGAAACUCUGCCCCGAUGAAGCCGGCGGAAGAAACGGCAUCGCAGGAUUCGGAAGCAGAGCUUCACAUUCAGACAACACUAUCCCCUGAUUUGCUCAACCAAAUUUUCAUGUUGCUCCCUGCUGAAUCCCUCUUCAGGCUGCAGUUUGUGUGCAAGCAAUGGUUCGGAUUGAUCAAUACCCCUACUUUCGUGACUAGCCACGCUCGGAAAUCGGAGACAGUUUUGUUAUCUCAACAUUUGGCCUUUUGGCCUAACGAAGGGAAGCCAAAGGCGUACUUCCAUUUCUUGAGUUUGGAUUGUUUGAGCAGUAGCUUUGUGGAGUCAAGUGUGCCCGAUCUGGCUAGCGUUCGAGCAAGCUACAACGGCUUGGUUCUUGCAUCUAAUGGGAGGAGGAAGAGAUUGGUGCUCAUGAAUCCCAUCACAGGGAAGCAUGUUGAGCUUCCAUUAGGUGUUUCGAGUCACCAUCUAUGUGAAUCAUUUGGUAUAGCAUUUUGUAGUGAGGCGAAAACGUAUAAAGUUGUGCACUUGUUUCGUGAGGUAUUAGGGGGUGUUGGCUGUGAGAUCUUGAGCGUUGAUACAAGGAAAUGGAUGAGAAUCAAGGGGCCUCAUGAAUCAAUACGGGUUAGGCAGAUGCCGGUGUCUGUGGGUGGAUCGUUGCACUGGCUGGCGUCUAAGCGGGAGCGUGAUUGCUUCGUCUCCAUGGAUGUGAGAGGUGAGAGGUUUGUCGCCAAGAAGCUGCCCGCGAAGAGGGAGUGGGGCGAUAGGCUGGUGGAGAUAGGAGGGAGUCUUGGAUUUGUGAGUCAUGCAGAGGUUAAUACAUUUCAAGUAUGGAUUAUGAAUGGGUUGGGGGAGUGUUGGAUGAAGAGAUGUAGCAUCAAUUUGAGUGGUUGUGUUCCGGUUUGUAGCCGGAGAGACGGGGAGGAGAUGGUGCUCGAGUCCGCUGGGGGUCGCUUGUGUGUUUACAACUUUGGUAGGGAUGAAACGAGGGUGGUGAAUGGUGGUGGUGAGCCAUGGUUUGGGAAGAAGAUAAACAGGCUUUAUAUUCCUCAUCGGAACACUCUUAAUUGUAUCAUGUGAGUUGGCUUGUUUGGUAGAGUUGGAGGGUCGAGGCGGCGCGGGGUUUGAGGAGGCGAAGGAGGCAGCGAUACAUGGCGGCGAGAGGAAGCGGUGGAUGACAAAGGUGGGAGGGGAGGAAGAGGAAGGAGAGAAUGAGGUACUGGUGGUGGUGAGAAAUAAGGUGGGGAGGCGACAGGUAGUAAAAAAAUCAAAUGAGAGAGAGAGUAAUGAAUUGAUUAAGAAUUUUAAUUAAGCUCGAAUUAUGCUCCAAAAGGAAAUCAUGCCAUGUUACUUGGGACGGUCCAAAAAGGAAUACAAAUCAUAAAUAAUGGGACAGAUGGAGUAAUAUAUUUAACUGAGAUGUUUUUUUUAUUAUAUGUCGAAUUAAUAUCAUGAUUGGUAGAAUGCAUAACAUUUGUAAAAUGUAGUAAUAUGUUAUUUGGUACGAUGUAUUAAGAUUAUAUCAAGUUAAUAAUAGUUAUAAUUAUGAUU